AUUGGUGAUCAGUGGGAAGAAUGCCCCUUACAUUGGUGAUCAGUGGGAAGAAUGUUCCGUACGUUUGUGGUCAGUGGUUAUUUAUUUGAGAGGCAAAAAUGUCUCCAUGCUCAUGGAACCCCAGCAACCUCUGGGGGAACCCUGGGGAAGGUUGCUCCAGUGGCUCUCUGCACAGCAGCAAUCGUGGUGCUGGACAGAUGCUUCACUAAAGAGGUACACCGACAGUCUACCACUGUCAUAGGAAGGAACAGUUAAGCACAAGCACUAGGCGGCACAAAUUACCACUUUAUUCUUCAUGGACAAUUCUAAUCUAAACACAGAGACAAGUUUUAUAAAACUCUAACCCACAAUAAUAAGAACUUACAUUGAGCCAAUUUUCUAAAAACGGAAUUUCCGGUAAAUGACCUGGGAGGACAUGCGGCUUUGGCACCUGUGCAGAGUUUGCUGGAAUUCUCACUUCUAGUUAAAUUCUUAUCUUCAAGGAAAAUUUCUCCCCCCCCCCCCCUCUAUGUAGACAGAGAUGACAAACAAUCAGUGUUGUGAUUGCACACACACACUCGGUGUCUCUAAUUCCUGGACUGUGCUGGGCAGGGCUGGCAGGUGUGGCUGCAAUCUAGAUAUCUCGGUAUAUAAAGAUGAGCAGAGCCACAUUCCACAUUUCUGUAUGGCCACCAUGACUCAAGUCAGGUUGGAGGAGCCCAAUGGGAUGGAGCAGAAGACGGAGAUGGUGGAGUUGCCGGAGAGGAAGAAGAGAGGGGAGAGCAACGCCGAGAGCGAAAUGACGGAGAGCGAGGCCUAUUCCUACAACCCCAAGGAGAAGGAGAACCAGAGCACCGUCCUCCUGAUCUGGUCCCGAUUCCUGACCUGUAUGAGGCCUGUGGGCAGGGCCAUACGUUAUGCUCUGAAGCGAUUCGGCGAGGACUGGAUCUUCCUCCUCUUGUUGGGGAUCAGUAUGGCUACAAUCAGCUUCGGUCUGGACGUCACCAUCGCCAAACUACAACGACUGAACCUGUGGGUGUAUGAUGCCCUCGACCAAUACCUGUAUCUGCAGUACUUCUCCUGGGUCCUCUAUCACGUUGUACUCAUGUGUAUAUCAGCGGCAGUGGCCAAAUAUAUCUCUCCUCAAGCUGCAGGUUCUGGUAUUCCAGAGAUCAAGGUUACGUUGAGAGGGGUUGUCCUUGCUGAAUUUUUCACUUUCCGCACAUUUAUUGCCAAAUUAAUCGGUGUGACCUGCACCCUUGCUGCUGGAAGUACAAUAUUCCUGGGGAAAGUGGGACCUUUUGUCCAUAUGGCCACCAUACUCGCAACUCUGCUGGGGAAGGUCAUGCUUAAACUUGUCGGCACCAAAGAGAACCCAAGUCGCAAGUAUGAACUGUUGAUUGCCGGAGCUGCGGUGGGUGUGGCUUGCUGCUUUGUGGCCCCCAUAGGAGGUGUCCUGUUCAGCAUAGAGGCCACAGCCACACACUUUGCCGUACGCAACUACUGGCGAGGAUUCUUCGCAGCCACGUGUGCAGCUUUAAUGUUCCGUCUGUUGGCCGUGAUUAACCACGAAAGAGAGACCGUCGCCAUCCUUUUUAAUACCGGCUGGAGAGUGGAAUUCCCGUUCGAUCUCCCGGAGUUCGUGUCCUACGCCAUUCUGGGCGUUGUGUGCGGCUGUGUGUGCUGCGUCUACCUGUUUCUACACCGCGUCACCUUACUCUUCAUCAAUAACAACGAGCGCGUCGGUAAAUUCUUCCGCAACAAUCGCAUUGUUUACGCUGCGUUUGUUUCCCUGGUGUUGGCCAGCAUCACCUUUCCUCACGGGUUUGGACAGUACAUGGGGGGGACUCGGCUGACGAUGAAAGAACAUAUAGAGACUUUCAUCAACAACAUCACAUGGGGAGUGGAAGAAUUAUCCUUGACGUUAAAUGCCUCAAGACAGCCGCCGAAUCCCACGUAUGACGACAAUUGGCUGCAGUGGACACACCCACAACUGUCAUCUGUAGAGAAGCUCGCCAUCUUCUUAGUUCUCAAGUUCUUCAUGCUGCUGUUUGCAAACACCAUGAUCAUCCCCGCCGGGUACUUCCUUCCUGUGUUUGUCUAUGGUGCCGGCCUUGGACGACUGUACGGAGAAAUUAUGGCGAAGAUCUUCCCAGAUGGCUUCAUCUCAGAAGGCAUCCCCAUCAAGAUCACUCCGGCAGGAUACGCACUCGCAGGUGCGGCGGCGUAUUCCGGAGCGGUCACUCACACCCUCUCUACAGCUCUGCUGGUGUUUGAGCUGACGGGACAAAUGUCCCACAUUCUGCCGGUCCUCAUCGCUGUUCUCAUAGCCAACGCCAUCAGCCAGAGCUGCCAGAACUCCUUCUUCGACCUCAUCAUCAUCAUCAAGAAACUGCCGUACCUCCCCAAGCUGAAAAUCGGGAAGAACUGUGCCCAUGACGUGUGUGCCGAGGACUUCAUGGUGACAGAGUUGAGAUACCUGGUGAAGGGGUUUAAGUACAAGGACAUCCGAAACCUGCUGAAAACCUCCGAUCUAAAGCAGUACCCCAUCGUGGAUUCCGAAGACUCUAAGAUCCUCCUCGGCUCGGUCAGCAAAAAAACACUCGGCAAACUUUUGGGAGAUCAACUCAGCACAGAACGCAGGAUCCAAUUCAUGAUAAACCAAACCGGCACCAACCUGGACAGCAACAUGGACAGCAACCUGACUGUCACUUCUAUGGGAGAGUCGUACACAUCCAGACCCCGGAUCUCGAGAACAGAGUCAGAAGCUACAGAAACAAUGUACAGCAACCAGGAGACCGUCACAUUUGAAAGCGAAGAGACGCCUAAGCCGAAGAGUGAAAGUCGCAAGAGACGCUCGGGGAGAUUCCGCAGCCAGUACCUGAAGAUGGUGGAGGAAUGGCAGUGCAGUCAGCUUAAUGAAGUGGUACCUAUGGAGGAGCUGACGAUGGAUCCAGCUCCAUACAGGCUGCUGGAGAAGCAGACUCUUUACCAGGUUUACGACUUGUUCAACCUCCUCGGCCUGCGCAGGGCCUAUGUCACCAACACAGGACGGCUGGUAGGAGUCGUCUCCCUGACUGAGCUACAAGACGCUGUUCAUGGAACGGUAAAAGGAACCUUCACCUCGCGUGCAAUCCCCAAGACAGAAGAAAAGGGCCAGGAGGACUAUAUUCUAGAGCCCCUGGUCCAUCUACCUUCAGAAUACCACGAAGAAGAAACCAUCACUGUUCCAAAAACAUCAACCACGUGACACCACACUUCCUUGUGGAGUCCCAAAUACACAACGACUGCGCACAUAUCUCCAAAUGUGACCACAUAAAUCAUCUCAGACUAAAAGUGUUAUUGUAUAUUCAUUUUAUUUUAUAAUGCCCAGCCAGAACCUGGUUGCGAGAGACUUGAACAUUUUUAACUAAUGUCUAUCCGGAAUAUGGUAAUGUUAAGAGACUUGAACAUUUUUUACUGACAUCCAACCAGAUCCUGGUCACUUUAAGUGAUCUGAACAUUUCUAACUAAUGUCCAACCACAAACUGGUCACGUUGGGGGGCUUGAACAUUUUUUACUAAUGCCUGGCCAGAAUUUGUUCAUGUUAUAACAAAUGUUCAACCAGAACGCAGUUGGAUUAGGAGACUUAAACAUAUUCAACUAGAACCUAAUCUUGUCAGAAGACCUAAACAGUUUUAAAUAAUGUGCAACCGGAAUGUAGUUAGAUUAGGAGACUUCAACAUUUUACCUGAUGUUUAAGCAGAAUCUCUUCAUGUUAGAAGACCUGAACAUUCCUAACUAAUCCCUAGUCAGAACCUGUUCGUGUUAGGAGAUCUAAAUGUUUUUACCCAACAUCCAACUAGAACCUGGUCAUGCUAGAAGACUUGAACAUUUUUACCUAACGUCCACCCAGAAUCUGGUCAUGUUAGAAGACUUGAACAUUUUUACCUAACGUCCACCCAGAAUCUGGUCAUGUUAGAAGACUUGAACAUUUUUACCUAACGUCCACCCAGAAUCUGGUCAUGUUAGGAGACCUGGACAUUUAUAACAAAUGUGCAAUCAGAACAUAGCUGUGUUAGGAGACUUCAAUAUUUCCCGAUGUCCAUGCAGUAUCUGGUCAUGUUAGGAGACCUAAGCAUUCCUAACUAAUCCCUAGCCAGAUCCUGGUCGUGUUAGAUCUAAAUGUUUUUAUCCAACAUCCAACUAGAACCUGGUCAUGUUAGAAGACUUGAACAUUUUUACCUAACGUCCACCCAUAAUCUGAUCCUGUUAGGAGACCUGGACAUUUAUAACAAAUGUGCAAUCAGAAAAUAGCUGUGUUAGGAGACUUCAAUAUUUCACGAUGUCCAAGCAGUAUCUGGUCAUGUUAGGAGACCUGAGCAUUCCUAACUAAUCCCUAGCCAGAACCUGGUCGUGUUAGGAGAUCUACAUGUUUUUACCCAACAUCCAACUAGAACCUGGUCAUGUUAGAAGACUUGAACAUUUUUACCUAACAUCCACCCAGAAUCUGGUCCUGUUAGGAGACCUGGACAUUUAUAACAAAUUUGCAAUCAGAACAUAGCUGUGUUAGGAGACUUCAAUAUUUCACGAUGUCCAAGCAGUAUCUGGUCAUGUUAGGAGACCUGAGCAUUCCUAACUAAUCUCUAGACAGAUCCUGGUCGUGUUAGGAGAUCAAAGUAUUUUUACCUAGCAUCCAACCAGAAUCUGGUCAUGUUAGAAGACUUGAAGAUUUUUACCUAACGUCCAACCAGAACCUGGUCAUGUUAGGGGACCUAAACACUUAUAACAAAUGUCCAACCAGAGUGUAGUUGUGUUAGAAGACUUCAACAUUUUACUCGAUGUCCAAGCAGUAUCUGGUCAUGUUAGGGGACCUGAGCAUUCCUAACUAAUCCCUAGCCAGAUCCUGGUCGUAUUAGGAGAUCUUAGUAUUUUUACCUAGCAUCCAAACCAGAACCUGGUCAUGUUAGAAGACUUGAAGAUUUUUACCCAACGUCCAACCAGAACUUGUUCAUGUUAAACACUUAUAACAAAUGUCCAAUCAGAAUGUAGUUGUGUUAGAAGACUUCCAAGCAAAACCUUGUCAUGCUAGGGGACUUGAACAUUUUUAACAAAUUCCCUGCCAGAAUCUGGUCAUGUUGGGAGGCCUGAAUAUUUAUAACUAACGUCCAGCCAGAACCUGCUCCUUGUUAAGGGACCUGAAUAUUUUUACCUAACAUCCAACUAGAACAUGGUCGUGUUAGAAGACUUGAACAUUUGUACCUAACGUCCAACCAGAACCUGGUCUUGUUAGGGGACCUAAUUACUUAUAACACUUCCAUCCAAAAUAUAUUUAUGUUAGAAGACUUCAACAUUUUACUCGAUGUCCAAGCAGUAUCUGGUCAUGUUAGGGGACCUGAACAUUCCUAACUAAAACCUAGCCAGAACCUGGUCAUGCUAGGAGACCUAAAUAUAUUCACAUAGCAUCCAGCUAGAACCUGGUCAUGUUAGAAGACUUGAACAUUUUUACCUAACGUCCGACAAGAACCCGAUCAUGUUAGGAGACCUGAACAUUUAUAACAAAUGUCCAACCAGAAUAUGGUUGGGUUAGGAGACUUGACAUUUUCAACCAGAACCUGAUUAUAAAGGAGGCCUGAACAUUUUUAACUAAUGUGCCACUAGAACCUGGUUGUGUUAGGAAACUUCAACAUAUGACCCUAUAUCCAAGCAGAAUCUGGUCAUGUUUGGGAAUUUGAGCAUUUUUCCUGUAACGUCCAAGCAAAACCUUGUCAUGUUAGGAGACUUGAACAUUUUUAACUAAUUCCUAGACAGAAUCUGGUCAGGUUGGGAGGCCUGAAUAUUUAUAACUAACGUCCGUCCAGCCAGAACCUGCUCCUGUUAAGGGACCUGAAUAUUUUUACCUAACAUCCAACUAGAACCUGGUCGUAUUAGAAGACUUGAACUAUUGUACCUAACGUCCAACCAGAACCUGGUCAUGUUAGGAGACCUAAACAUUUUUAACUAAUACCCAUCCAGAACCUGGUCCUAUAAAUAUUUUCAACCAGAACCUGGUUGUGUUUGGAAACUUGAACAUUUUUAAACUAAGCCCAACAGAAUUUCAAAAAAAGGUCACUAUAUGGUUAUGUUAUAUAUUUCAAACUGUUGUUAGAAUUCAGGAGUAAAUCGGCUCCUUUUAAAUCCAAAUCUAUGUUCAAAUGUUAACUUAAAACUAUGUUAACAGUCUUGCUAGAAUAGAUAAAUUAUGACUUAUGCCGCGUACACACGAUCGGAUUUUCCGUGG